AUGGAUGAAUUGGCCGACUACAGAAGAAGAUACGAGGACGCUCUGAGAGCACAUCAAGUGGACCGUGACCGCAUCGAUGAAUUGCUGGAACUGGAUCAGGAAACGCUGAAUCGUAUCGACUUCCAAAACCAGGUGCAAACGCUGCUUGAAGAAAUCGACUUCAUGCGUCGUGUGCAUGACCAAGAAAUCAGUGAACUCCAAGCACUCGCUUCUCGCGAUACAACACCUGAAAAUCGCGAAUACUUCAAGAACGAAUUGUCAUCAGCAAUCCGCGAUAUUCUGCAGGAAAUACAAACCCAAUCAACGCGGCAAAACCUGGAGCAAGGUUAUGCGAAAGAGGAGGUGAAACGAUUGCGUGUGCAAUUGUCCGAGCUGCGCGGUAAAUUAGCCGACCUCGAAGGACGUAAUUCACUGUUGGAAAAACAGACUCAGGAGCUGAACUAUCAACUGGAGGAUGACCAACGCUCCUAUGAAGCGGCGCUGAACGACCGUGAUGCACAGAUUCGCAAGAUGCGCGAAGAAUGCCAAGCAUUGAUGCUCGAACUGCAAAUGCUUCUCGAUACUAAGCAGACACUUGAUGCGGAGAUUGCUAUCUAUCGAAAGAUGCUGGAAGGCGAGGAGAAUCGCGCCGGCCUACGGCAACUUGUUGAACAAGUCGUCAAAACGCAUGGACUUUCUGAAAUUGGCGAAACCGGUGAGUGUGCCUCUGAAUCUGUAUAA